AUGGCAUCCAUGAAAGAUAAGAAGCCAAUAUCAAUAUUGACGGAUGGCGAUGAGGCGAUGCGUAAAGCCAUUGAUGUGUUUCCCAUGUCUAACCAUCGGUUGUGCUCAUGGCAUGUGUCAAGGAAUGCACAGAAUAACUUGAAGGACGAUGAAUUGCUAAGAAAUUUUCAGACAUGUCUUUGGGAACCAUUUGCGUUGAUCGAGUUUGAGAAGAAAUGGGAGGUUUUGAAGGAACGAGCGAGUACUCCAAAACAAAAAGAAUGGUUAGAAAUGAUGUAUGCAAAAAGAGACUCAUGGGCUGAAUCAUGUCUUAGAGGAAAGUUUUUCGGUGAUAUGUGCACCACUCAACGCAUGGAGUCCAUGAACAAGUAUGUCAAGGAUUACUUGAGGAAAGGCGUGAAGUUGUUUGAAUGUAUUCCAGCAAUUGAUAGGGCUAUGUUACGUCUUAGGAAUACCACGACGAAGGAUGGUUUCAACGCAAAGUACUCAACACCAGUCCUUAAAACCGCAUUGACAAAACUAGAGCAACAAGCUUCUCUAAUUUACACGCAUAGGUUCUUUGUAUUGGUACGUGAAGAGAUCGAAUCUUGUUCAGCACUCACUCAUGAUAAGGUGGUGUAUAAUUUUGGAGGUCGUGUAUACGUAUUGUCAAAAUAUGGUGAACCGCAUAAUAAUUGGACUUGUGUUUACCACGGUGGGGAAAAUAUGCGGAUAGAGUGUGGAUGCCGGAAAUAUGAAAGUGAAGGGAUCCCGUGUUGCCACCUGUUUUAUGUAAUGAAGUGCGAGCACCUUACGAAAAUUCCUCCAACACUUAUAAUGAAGAGAUGGACAAAGAGUGCCCAAAGCGAUACAUGCACAGAAUGUUUCGACAAAGGCAAAGACACUACCAACGAAGGUGUAGAAAUGGCGAGGUAUGGAAGUUUAAGUGCUAUGUCAAACAAAAUAUGUUUUUAUGCAUCGAAGAGUGCAGAUGGUUAUGCCAUGUUGAGAAAUGAGUUUAGUAGAUGGGAGGGAAUUUGUGAAGGCUUACGGGAAAAGGAAGAAGAGACAAGUCUGAAAUUGGGUAGUUCUGGGCAAUGUCCUCAAAAUAUUGUGAAAGAUCCAAAGAUCGUUAAGACAAAAGGCACUCAAGCAAGCCAGGGUGGAACGCGCAAGCAUCAACAAUGUCAUUUGUGUCGCGGAUAUGGACAUACAAAGCGUACUUGCUCUCAAAGAAACUUGCAUCCAAGUAGAAUUGUAGGUGUGAAUAUCCGUUCAGGUAGUGAAAGCUAUCAGUAUAGUACUGAGAAAGGGCCGUCCCUGGACAUUAGCUACAGUUAUGCUAGUGAAAUGGGUUCUCAAUGCAGAGGCAACUAUGUGGUUGAUUUGUCCGGUUCUGAUAGUUUUUCUACUGCAGACGGAACGGGUUCUACCCCCAACACUGACGAUGGUUUCUCAUUCGACAAUGGUGAACCUAUUUCCCUAUCUACUGGUUCUACCCAAAACAAUUGUAGUUUUGGAACUUGGUUUACAUGUAACAAUUAA